AACCAUAAAGUUUCGUAAAUCAAAUUAUUUUUUAUUUGAAUGUGAAAAUGAAGGGGUUCGUGGUGUACAUUUGUGUAUUUAAUUUAUAUUUGGCAUUUUGUAAUGAAAUGGAAUUUAAUUUUGAAGAUAUAAUAAAUGUGAAAAGUUAUGUGUACUGGCCGAACGCUACGAUACCUUUCUACAUAAACCCAGAUCAUUUUGACCACGAACAGUCAUUUGCGAUUAUGACGGCGCUGUCCAUGUUCGCAUUCAAGACUUGCCUGAAGUUCGUUCCUGUGAUGGUGCCACCUGCUGACGACCACCAUGCUCUAGUCUUCGUCAACCCUGACGGGAAGAGACGCUGUGUUAUGCUUACAAGUGGACAUUCGGUGUUCGAGCCGCAUACGGUGAUUCUUGGAUACGACUGCCUUAAGUCUCCACAGAUAGACAUGAUGAUAAUGAGGUCUCUGGGAUUCCCUUUCGAGCACAACAAGGCGACUAGAGACCUCUACGUCGAAGUGUUGAUGGAAAAUAUUGAACCAGGCGCUAUAGAACUAUUCACAAAGGAAUCAAAACUACCGUUGGAGUUACGCAGUUUACCCUAUGAUCCAGACAGCGUGAUGCAUUUCGGCAUCAGAGACUACAGUAAGAAUGGACAUAGGACUAUCAUUUUUAAGGACCACAAAACUCAACAAAACAGAUUCACACUCACACCAAUCGAUUUGCGGAAGAUAGAAAUAGUCUACGGACCAGAAUGUCUGAAACGAGAUCGGCAAGAGAAGAUAGAGCUCUGCCAGUCCUACCCAGGCGUAGCUAGAAGGAAACGCAGCGUAGAAGUAGAAGAAAAUAAGAGCUUAAGAGUCAACCCUGAGAUAACUCCGCCCCCUGAUCUAAACACGACAGAAAUCGACGAAGUUCUAAAAGAAUUAGGCAUUGAAAACGACGUGCAAGAAAUUGUCGAUCAGGUUUACAAAGUGACUUCCUUAGCCCUGAGCAAUGCUAGAGCCAAAUACUGCAAUAACACAAAACCAGAUUUAAGAAUCGGUGAUAUUAAACUAAACAGAAGUUCUGACAUACUAGGAAUAGUAGAAGUUGUCGCCGACUACGCGAAAACCAUGGUAGAUAAUGCAUUAGGAAACUUAACAGAUUUCUGCGAGAGUUCAAAAUCGAUUGACGCGUAUCAACGGGCUAGAUGCCCGUUCUACGACGAGAGUAGAUGCAGGCAGAAUUAUUACAAAUCUACUAAAUCUGGACCAGUGCGACAUUCGACCCAGCAUAGACCCGUGCACUGGCAAUCUACCAAACAUGAAAGCAGAGGUCUAAGACCCCAAUUGCAUUUACGUAGUGAUAAUGACACUGAUAUAAGAGUUAAAGAACGAAAAAGAAGGCACGUAGAAGAUUCUGAUGAAGUGUAUUCCACGCGAGGGUUGGGAAGAAGAGCGAUUAAUAAAAGAGAAGCUGUUAAUGAUGGCAUAGAUAAUGCAAAAGUUACAGAUAAUGCGAAUGGUACAGUAAUUAUUACAGAUAAUAUAAAGAUGGAUUUAAGAAUGGGAACGACUGUGUUGGGGUAUAAAAAGGAUGUGUAUGGAGGCGACAGAAGAGAUAUAGACGGACGUAGAUACAGAUUUAAAAAAAGGAAAACUACACCCGAACCAGAGAUCGAAGAAGACAUAUCGGAGGAAGUGACCGAAAAAGUCAAAACAAAGCCAAAAAACAAAAUACAGGUAGAAAUAGGGAAACUUAAGCAGAAACAAGAAAGAUUGGUAAACAAAGCGAGAUUCAGACCAAGGCCUGGAAGGUACCAUCCGAAGACGAUACCACUGUCAAAGGCUAAUAAAGAGUUUUAUGAUGAACGAAAAUGGCCAGAGGGAGUCGUCAGAUAUAUUAUUAGCGAAGAAAAUACUAAGAAAUAUGAUUUAGAAGACCUAAGGAACCGUCUGGAAGAAGUGAACAGCAUACUUCGAAGGAAAACGUGUGUGAAGCUUCUAGAAAUAUCUGAAGAUGAUGCUAAGAAAUACAAAGACUAUUUAGUGAUAGAUACAAGCCCAGAUUACGUCACAGGAAGGGUCGGAGGGAGGCAGAAUUUCGGCAGCAUCGAGCUCUUUCGCGGUGGACAACACCGCCAGCACGCGGCCAUGAUGGCCAUGGCGAUGUUAGGCUUCUACUUCGAAGUGGCGCGCCACGACCGCGACAAACACAUCAGGGUUCACAUGAGGCAUGUCAGGGCUGACAAACUUCACCAUUUUGAGAAAAUACGGGAAGAUGCCACUUUCCCUCUUCCCUACGACUACCAAAGCGCUACUCAUCCAGCGUGGCAGUAUUGGCGGAAAAUUGGCAAGACUGGCAUAUCUUCUGUGGCUACUUAUAAAGAACAGGACCCAGAUGGUUCAGUAAUGAAGUCCUUAGGACAAAACGAGGAACUUCUCUCCGAUCUAGACAUUUUGAAAAUCAACAGCGUCUACGGCAUUAAAUGUUUUAAAAAUAAAUCGGAUAAUAAAGAUGUUUAAUAAAA